AGCAGUACGUGGGUCGAUCGGUCGCCCAUCAUGAUGCCAUCCAUUAUGGCGGCUGCAAGCAACCACGCUCGCGCCAACUACCCGUGCCCGUCAUGUUCCAUCUCAUCCAACAAUAUAUACUGCGGGUGGGAGCGCUGCAGUGUGGCCGUAGGACACUCUGAAGCAAUGAGUGGCCAGCUGAAGAAGACGACCAGGGGCGAGGAAGCCGCGCAGCAGAGAGCGUCGUCUUCGGAAGAACAGCAGCAGGAAAAGAUAAAUGAGGUGCGGGGUCUCCUCGACAGUCUGACGGAGGAGAUGCCGAGUUUUCUGUCGGACGCCACCAUCCGGCGUUUCCUCCGGGCGAGGAGCUGGAGCACGGAGCAGGCAACCAAGUCUCUCAAGGAGACUGUCAAGUGGAGGCGUCAGUACAGGCCGGAUGCAAUUUCCUGGGACGACAUUCCAGAAACGGAGAACGAGGCCCGGAGGACACAUGUGGCCGACUACCUUGACAAGAACGGAAGAAGUGUCCUCGUAGCAAACGUGCCAAUGAAGUCUAAAGUUUCAGCAAAGGAGCAGAUAAAGCACCUGGUAUAUCUCCUGGAGUAUCUCGCCACCAACUCAGCGGAUGAACAAGACGACUUCGUCGUUUGGCUGACCGACUUCCGAGGCUGGUCCAUAUCGAGCACGUCACUGUCGAUAGCCCGCGAAUCCAUGCACAUAAUCCAGAACUACUAUCCAGGGGUGAUAGCCGUGGCGAUUCCUUUCGACCCUCCCAGGAUGUUUGAAUCUUUUUGGAAGAUAGCCAAGAACUUCGUGCAGCCAGACAUGAAAGAGAAAGUGAAGUUUGUGUAUGCAAACAAGCCGGAGAGCCUCAAGAUAAUGGCUGACAUCUUUGACUUGGAUACACUGGAGUCUUCGUUUGGAGGAAGAAGCACCGGUACGGCCUUCCACAUCAACAAGUAUGCAGAGAGAAUGAGAAGAGCCGACAAGAUGAGAGGAGCAUCAAAAGAUUCAAAUGGCCACAACCACAACUGAUCUCCCUGACCAAUAGUUCUAGAAAAAUAUCUCCCUGGCCAAUGGCCCUGACUAAAUACAAGUUGCUUGUGAGCCGUACAUGAGCUUAGCUAAAGCACACGAACAGGGUAAAGAUCUACUUAUACACUAAAACAUGAAGGCGCACGUUUGAAUAUUUGCGGAAGUCUAGAAAUAUUUGCGGAAGUCUAGAAAGUAAAAGCACCUGAGAGUUUUGAAAUGGAUGAAGCUAAAAAAGCCUUGAUAUAUGGGCAUGUAAUUUCCUUUUUAGUUCAAAAUUCUUGGUUCACCAAACGAA